GUCCUUCAUUCGUCUGUUACUGAGGUCAGUCUGCGCGCUCAAGGUAAAGUCGGGCGCCGUGUCAGUGAAGGAAAUCUCUGCAGCUACAGCUCCAGUGAAACGAUGAUGAGGACGAAACCAUCGCCAAGUCAUGGAUAGAGCGCCACAAUGACACAUGAGACGCUCGCGAGCUCCCAGCUGUCUGUUAAAGCCGCUGCCCUUCGCAUGGUUGACCUUCCACUUUUCGUGUGCAGCUCGCUGGCACAGGUGAGCGUCAGCGCCAGCACCAAGAAACUGGUGGCUGCCACCGCCUUCGGCACCGUCUCGCUCCUCCUCCUUGCUCGUCGCUUUCAGAGGAGGAAGGGUAGAAAAAAGGGUCACCCGCCACCGUGGGAGCAGGCUGAGUUUGAGCUUUACACCACUGCAGAAAAUGAUAACACCAGUCAAAACAUCAGUAUUUCCCUCAACUCUCAAAACACCUGCUCAGCUGGUUCAGGUCUGGUUCUCACCACAAGAGAUUACAGGAAACUGUCCGGCUCCCUGACGAGCCUGGCCUCAGUAAAAAGCGUGAACUCGUCCAGCAGCAGCACCUGUGCAGAUCUGACCGCCUGUUGGGACGGACUGGGGGACGCUGACGUCUCCAGUGUGGUCGACUUAUCCGUCACCACGCCUGAAAACCUCUAUCUAAUGGGCAUGGAUUUAUUCGAGGAGGCUCUGCAGCACUGGGAGGAGGCGCUGACGUUCAGGAGCAGGCCGACUGAAGACGACGCGAGCUGCACGUCGGUCAAAUCAGGAGCUGGAGACGCCGUCACUGAGCAGAACAUGGAGGACGCGAUCAGUGUGGAGUUCAUCCACAGGCUGAAGGCUCUGCUGCAGAGAGCUUAUCGCCUGCAGGAGGAGUUUGAGGGCGUGUUGGGGACGUCUGAGCCUUCAUCCCACAGCAGCAGCAGCAGCCAGGAUCAAAUCGCAGACUUUUUGGCCAGAGACGAGCUGGACGACGUCUGUCUGAGGGACAGCAACAGCAUCGCUUCCACAGACUCUUUUGUGUCGGCUGCUGAGCCUCAGCUGUCGGAGCACAGGGAGCUGAGGAGCGCCUUCGCUCUGGGACAUCACCCCAUGUACGAGGAGGCGCUGCACAUGGCCGAAGAGGGCAGCAUCUCCUGCAGGGUGCUUCGGACAGAGAUUCUGGGCUGUUACAGCGACUUGGACUUCCUGGCUAAGCUGCACUGUGUUCGGCAGGCUUGUCAGCUGGUUUUGCGCGACAGAGCGACCAGAAUGUUUCUGGCUGACACGGGAAAGAAAAUCCUGUCUUCCAUCAUCGUUAAAGCUCACAAAAGUCCAAAGAGAUUUGAGGAAGUGUUUGAGGAGUUGAUCUGCUUCCUGGAGCACACGGAGCACUGGGAGGACACGGAGAUGGAGCUGGUUUCACGAGGGGUUAGGCAUUUGAACUUCUAUGACGUCGUUCUGGACUUUAUCCUGAUGGACUCCUUCCAGGACCUGGAGAAUCCUCCGAUCUCCAUCCAGAACGUCAUCAACAACCGCUGGCUCAACAGCUCCUUCAAGGAGACGGCGGUGGCAUCAAGCUGUUGGUCUGUGCUGAAGCAGAAGAGGCAGCACAUGAAGGUGCCCGAUGGCUUCGUCGCCCACCUCUGCGCUGUGUGUGAACAGAUCAGUCCCGUUCUGGCCUGGGGCUUCCUGGGACCAAAGAGCUCCCUGCACGACUUCUGUUGCUUUUUUAAGGACCAGGUGCUCCACUUCCUGAAGGACGUUUUUGACCUGGACAAAGUGCGUUACUCCACGGUGGAUAGUCUGGCGGAGGACAUGCUCCACCUGCUGUACCGGCGCUCCGAGCUGCUGCUGGCCUACUUGGGAGCAGACUUCCCUCGGCCUCCCAACGGCUGCAACGCCACGCAGGUGCAGCUAGUCCCCAGCGCCCUGCUGGAGGCACAUGUGCAGUAGGACGACACGUUCUGUGGUCAGUUCACAGCAACCAUUGGACCAAAGAAAAUAAGGCAUAUCGCUUUUUUCUGUUGACUCUUUGAAAACGUAUGUAAACUGUCAAAUCCACUCACCUGCCAUCAUGCUGUGCUUUGUGGAUUCAGGUAAACUGCACAAACCGCCUGCCUUCAAACACAUCUCCCCACCCACUUCCACAGUGCCAUAGUAAACGUAUCAGCAAUAAUAUUUGUGACUUAAACCUGAUGUUGGGUUCUCCACUCUCUAGUAUAGGGCAAAUUAUUUGCAAGACUGUGACACUAAAAAAUAUUUAUCCUAUUUAUUUGAUUGUAAAUGAUGCAGGGUUUGUUUUGUAGACGUACUCGUGGCUGUUGAAGCUUCAAACUUAAAGUAGGCUGUGUUAAGAUUCAAGUGUCCACGUCUUACUGCAUUGUUGUUUCGUAAGUAAAUGCACAGGAAUAACUGAGAAAACCAGCUUCGGUGUUGUGUUCAGAUACUUGAAAAAGGAACUAGACUCAACCCAUGAAAACUUUAGAUGUACUUGGUCCUGCAACAGCUUCAUCAAUGCAAAUUAUUCAAGCCAUGCCAGUCUUGAAUGUCUGUUUUGAAACAUACUGUCGUUAUCUGUUCAACCACUGCCAUGUAGAGAACAUGCACAACUAACUGCACAAACGUAAAGCUGUCAUUCUUUUCUCCCAACUGUAAUGUUAAAGAGUCUGCCAUUGUAACGCAUCUUUAGGAGUCUCCUAAAGAAAAGCAAUCACUUUUUUAAUGAAGACAAAAUUUAUGGUUUACGCCUUGGAAGAGUUCGAGUUUGAGGUUUUAAAGGUCUGGUCCUUUGGUCAAAAUGAGCCAUGAAGUCUCAGGAAAGUUAAUUUAGGUCCAUGUGAAUUAAUGCUAAACUAAUUACAAACUUACAUGAAAGGGUAGCAACAGAGAAGUUUAUAUUUGCCAAUAAAACCUACACAUUUUCAAAGACUACAUUUAGAUCAAUUACUUUGGGGCAUAGAAAGUUGUACGCACGUGAUGGGUAUUGAAGUCUGACUGUGUGUU